UUCUUUCCUCUUUCCCAAAAGAAGUUAAGUUCAAUUUCCCUUAGCCAUAUAUUCAUUUUCUCAAACACACAAAUAGAGAUCAAAAUCACCAUCACUCACAUGAAAAAUGGCUACAAAAAAAGCAGCAUUUAUUUGUAUAGAUGAAGACUACAUUGACAUGUUUUUGAGUCCUUAUGAAAAUUUAUCACCCCAACAACAAAACAAAGACAUGUCAAUGCCUCUUCACCAGCUUCCUUACAAUUCCAACUCCCCUUUUGGUUUUAUGAGCUCACAGCCUCUCAGUUUCAGUUCUUGUGAUUCAAAUCCAUCUGAAUAUCUUCUUCAAUGUUCCACUAAAUCAAAGAAACAUUGGUUAAAGAAGUUGAAACAUGCUAGGAAAUCUUCGCUGAUUCGAAAGCUCAACUCUUACAAAGCUUACUUGAAGUCUUUGUUUACAAAAACUGCUUUGAACAAACCAAAAUAUAACCAUUUUGAGAAUGCUAAGAGAAAAUUAUUUCAAGGUUUUGUUGGUGGGAACGGCGUCGUUAACCAAAACAGGAGAUCUUCUUCAUCUUCAUAUUUUUCAAUUGAUUUGAAUUCUGAGAUGGAAGGUUUGGUUUUGGGAGCUAUCGCGCAUUGUAAACAGUCUCAACAAGGGAAUGGUUCAAAGAAAGAUUCACAUGCAUGAUGACAAGGUUUGCUGGAAGUUAGCUUCAAAAGUUGCAGAAAUGGGGGGAAGAAAGAAACAGAUAGAAGUUGCCUCAAAACAUAAGGAGAGAGUGUGUUCAAGAAGAAUGAACUUUUUAUUUAAAUGAAGUUUGAGUAUUCAAUGUUAAUGGUGUAAUGAACAAAAAAGUUUAAAAAUAUAAUAAAAUAAUAGCAUAAGAUAUCGAAAUUAAUGUUAGUUAUUUCAAUACUCGAUUUUUUUGGUUUAUUGAG